AGACAGUUGUUAUUAUGGGAAGUCUGAGUUUAUAACACUGUAAUAUCUUAUAUCUGAUUAUAACUGAACCUUUCACACCUUUAUAAACAUGUGAGAUGUGAUUCACCACACAGCGAGGCCGCGCAGCUCGGUGAGAGUCAUCAAUCAGUGCAGACUGCAGUCAGAGUCGAAGCCUGAUUUUAGUGUGAACUGCAGCAGACAUGACGGUCACAACCAAGACCAAGAGCUACAAACUGGUGGUCCAUAAGAAGGGCUUUGGAGGAAGUGAUGAUGAGCUGAUGAUGAACCCGAAGGUGUUUCCUCAGGUGAAACUGGGGGACAUUGUGGAGAUCGCACACCCAAACGAUGAGUACAGUCCUUUACUUCUGCAGGUGAAAAGUCUGAAAGACGAUUUACAAAAAGAGACGAUCAGCGUGGAUCAGACUGUCGCUCAGGCCUUCAAGCUCCGAGCCUAUCAGGACGUCAUCAUAAACAUCGUCGAUCCCAAGGACGUGACUCUGGAUCUUGUGGACCUGACCUUUAAGGAUCAGUACAUCGGCCGGGGUGACAUGUGGAGACUCAAAAAGAGUCUGGUCAGCACAUGCGCGUAUGUUACCCAGAAAGUGGAAUUUGCCGGAAUCAGGGCUCAGGUGAGUGAGCUCUGGGUGAAGGGUGAGAAGGUCACGUGUGGCUACAUCAGCGAGGACACGCGGGUGGUGUUCAGAUCCAGUUCAGCGAUGGUCUACAUCUUCAUUCAGAUGAGCUGUGAAAUGUGGGACUUUGAUAUCUAUGGUGACCUCUACUUUGAAAAGGCAGUGAACGGUUUCCUCUCGGACCUGUUCGCCAAGUGGAAGGAGAAACACUGCAGCCAUGAGGUCACGGUGGUGUUGUUCUCACGCACCUUCUACGCUGCCAAAACGCUCGAUGAGUUUCCUGAGAGCCAGAGAGGAGUGAUCAGGCAGGAUCACGAGGGACGCUUCUACGAGGACUUUUACAGAGUGGUGGCGCAGAACGAGAGGAGAGAUGAGUGGAUGUCUCUGCUGGUCACCAUUAAGAAGCUCUUCAUCCAGUACCCAGUUCUGGUGCGCCUCAAAGGAGCAGACGGUUUCCCGUGUGGACAGAACUCGACCGCCGCGCAGGGAAAUUACCUCGAAGCUAUCAACCUGUCGUUUAAUGUCUUUGAUAAACACUACAUCAACCGCAACUUUGACCGCACCGGUCAGAUGUCGGUGGUGAUAACACCGGGAGUUGGGGUGUUUGAGGUGGACCGGCUCCUCAUGAUCCUCACCAAGCAGCGCAUGAUCGACAAUGGUAUCGGUGUGGAUCUGGUGUGUAUGGGUGAGCAGCCGCUUCAUGCCGUCCCACUCUUUAAGUUACAUAACAGAACAGUACCUGGUGACUCCAGGCUGGACGACUACAAUCUGCCCCACUGGAUCAACCACAGCUUCUACACGUCGAAGAGUCAAAGCUUGUGCAGCUCCUUCACUCCCAGAAUCAAACUCGCUGGUCAGAAGCUUCAGGCUGAGAGAUUCAAGAACAACAGAGAGCACUCUCUCGGGGCUCCCAAGGACUCGGAAAACAGCCUCCCCAUCCAGGUGGACUACGAUGCCCAUGAUGCUCAGGUCUUCAGACUUCCUGGACCUGCCAGAGCCCAGAGAAGCAGCAACUUCAGGUCAGGCAGAGACAGAGAAGCGAACAACAGGAAGAGCUGGAGCUCGGUCGAGGCCAGCGGAAUCAGCGGCUGCUCUCCUCCUCUCCGCCCUCUAGCCGCCGCCGAGGAGCAGCGCAGCCUGGCGUCCGACGACAGCCUGAGCCACAUCUCAAACAUCCUGCUGAUCCCUCGCCACCCACCCCAGUACGAAGUCAGCAGCUCGCUCGGCUACACCAGCUGCACCAGAGAGCUGCUGGAGAAACUGGUGGAGUCUCAGAGAGACUCGAGCGCCCCGGGCCGCUUCACUGUGGGCAGCGCCGAGUCCACUCUGCACAUCCGUCCGGGCGGAUACACGCCUCAGAGAGCCCUCAUCAACCCUUUCGCGCCGUCACGCAUGCCCAUGAAGCUCACGUCCAACCGCCGCCGCUGGAUGCACACUUUCCCCGUCGGUCCGUCCGGAGAGGCGAUCCAGAUCCACCAUCAGACGAGGCAGAACAUGGCCGAGCUGCAGGGCAGCGAGCAGCGGGAGCCGGUUUACACCUCGGCCGAGCUGCUGGAACUGGCCUAUCACGAGGCCAUGGGCAGGCGAAUGGUUUAUCAGACAGCAGAGAAUGGAUUGUUCAUCACUGGGGGACACGAUGAACUGUCUGGCAGUCCAGCCAGCAGCAGUAGCACAGGUACACCUGGCAACAGUGCCUCUUUUAAUGAGUACUCCAGCAGUCCAGAUCCAACUCUGCAGCUCUCUCCCCCACCAACAGUGCCGGCGUUCUGUUGUACGGUGGGCGUGGACUGGAAGUCUCUGACCACGCCGGCGUGCCUCCCGCUCACCACCGAUUACUUCCCCGAACGUCAGACCCUGCAGAACGACUACACAGAGGGCUGCUACGACCUGCUGCCUCACACUGACCUGGAGCGGCGUGAUGAUGAAGCUCCGGUGAUCAGUGCACCACGCGUGUUCGAGGAGUUUAUCUGUCAGAGGCUGAUGCAGGGCUACCAGAUCAUCGUUCAGCCCAACACCAGGAAGGCUCCGCCCGCUGUGGCCCCGCCCCUCAGCAGCAGCCCGCUUUAUUCCCGCGGACUGUUGUCUCGGAGGAAGGCGGAGGAAGAGGAGAGUCAGUACUGGCUCAGUAUGGGUCGAACCUUCCACAAAGUCUGCCUGAAAGAUAAGAUCAUCACAGUUACUCGCUACCUACCCAAGUAUCCGUACGAAUCGACGCAGAUCCAGUACAGCUACAGCCUCUGCCCACCUCACCCAGACAGCCAUUUCGUGCCGUGCUGGGUGGAGUUUAGCCACGAGCGGCUGGAGGAGUAUAAGUGGAACUACCUGGAUCAGUACAUCUGCUCGGCCGGAUCCGAGGACUUCAGCCUGAUCGACUCGCUGAAGUUCUGGCGUACCCGCUUCCUGUUGCUUCCAGCCGGUGGCGCCAGGCGGGUGGCGGACGGCGAGGGCCACUGGGACGUGUAUGGAGAGGGACCCGGUGUGAUUUCGGGGUCGGGGCCCGGGGACUGGGCCCUGCUUGACGGCUUCAUCCGCUUCCUGGAGGGGCUGAACAGAAUCCGCCGGCGGCAUCGAUCCGAUCGGAUCGUCCGGAAAGGAGCUGCAAUUAAGGGUCUCCAGGUCCCUGCUCCCCUGUCCCCCUACAACCCUGAGCCUAUAGCGCCUCCACUGGGCAAAAAGGGUGCUUCAGCUCUCUCCACUCUGCUGGAACUGGAUCAGACCCAAAAGACUCUCGAGGAGCACCAGGCUGGAGUUCAGCACGCAGCGACAAAAGCGACCGCGCCCAUCAGUGAUGCUGUUGCCUCCAUUGCCAUGGCAACUACCUAUGUAGACAGCCCCAGAAAGGACGCUGCGUUCAUGUUGGAUUUUAUUCGUAGCCCUCGCUCCUCCUUCUUGUCUCACUCUCAGAUGCCAGCUGAGCCACAUGGUGCCAAUCCUGCCGAUUCCGGAUUAACGGACAAAGUAGGAAGCCAAUCGAACGAGAGGAUGAUGAGCGGCGCCGCUACCGGAGAGGCUGCCAGCGGAGCUGAAUCAGGGGCUCAGCAGGGCGGCCUGUCGUCCUCCUCCACCCUGCUGGAGAUCCUGGAGGCCAUCAAACACCCCACGACGGGGGUGCAGCUGCUACCCGAGCAGAAGGGUCUGCCGCCGAACUGCUUCAUCAGCGCUGAGGUGGUUCACUGGCUGGUGAACACGGUGGAAAACGUGGCCGCGCAGGGCAUCGCCGUGGAGAUCAUGCAGAAAAUGCUGGAUGACGGUCUGAUAGCUCACGCCUCCGGUGAGGCCAUGCGCACCUUCGUCUACGGCUUCUACUUCUACAGGAUCGUGGACAAGGACACAGAGAGAGGUCCUGGACCUUCUGCACUACCAGCAGGUGGCGCCAGUACCUUCUCAGCGGCCCUGGAGGAUUUCACGCUCUUCCAGAGGAAGUGGUUCGAGGUGGCGUUCACGCUGGAGGAGCGGCGCUCCUGCGAUCUGCCCACCUUCCUGCUGCCGUGGCUGCCCAGCCGACCCGCCUCGUACGCCAGCCGGCACAGCUCGUUCAGCCGCAGCUUCGGGGGGCGCAGCCAGGCUGCUGCUUUGCUAGGCGCUACGGUACCCGAGCAGAAGACGGUCACGCUGGACGUGGACAUUAACAACCGCAGCGAUCGCACCGAAUGGUGCAGCUGUUAUUACCACGGCAACUUUUCACCCAACGCCGCCUUCGAGAUCAAGCUGCACUGGAUGGCCGUGACGGCGGCGGUGCUGUUCGAGAUGGUGCAAGGCUGGCACAGGAAGGCGGCAUCAUGUGGAUUCCUGUUGGUGCCCGUGCUGGAGGUACCGUUCGCUCUGCCCUCGUGCCUGUACGGCGACCCGCUGCGCGCUCAGCUCUUCAUCCCGCUGAACAUCCAGUACCUGCUCAGAGACGGCAGCGACAACCUGUUUGAUGGGUUUGAACCCGAGACGUACUGGGACCGGAUGCAGCUCUUCCAGGAGGCGAUUCUGUACAGGUUUGGAUUUGUGCAGGAUAAGUUUUCUACAUCAACCUUCAACUUCCCUGCUGAGAACAAGCCUCAGUACAUCCACGUCACAGGUACGAUAUUCAUGCAGUUACCGUUCUCUAAGAGGAAGUACAACAGCGGUCAGCAGCGGCGCCGCCGCAAUUCGGCCUCCUCGGCCAGCCAGAGUCUGUUCGGCUCCGAGGAGCGCGUGGGCUACUACUGGGCCUACAACGCCAUGCUGACCAAAGCGUGGCGCACCGGCGUGCUGGGCGAUGAGAGACUAGCCGAGCGACUCCUGCGCGACUUCACCGACUUCUGCGGCAACAAGGGCAACCGACUGGUGGCCUUCUGGGAGAGCUGUGUGGAGAGAAUGAACUCUAGCGCCCCCUGAGGCAGACGCUGUGCCGUCAGGGCUGUUCAGCGCUGUAGAACUGUUCACUAGAACCCACUGUAUACAUGGUACAGUGGCACAGUGGUACAGUAAGUAGUGUUCAUGCCUUACAGCUCCAGGAUCCCGGGUUCAACUCUGAGCUGCUGUGUGUUGAUCUGACUGUACCUGCAGUGUCUGUAGGUGAAAUAAAUUCUACUAUGAACUGGUGCACUGUGCAGGUUUUACUCCACAGAAAGAGUAAACAACACUGAAUCAGAUCAAACAUGCAAGAAUUGGCAGUGAUUAGCAGGUGAAUUCUGAUUGGUGCUUUCACACAGUGCCAAAACAAGCUGUAUAAAUAAAAUAAAUAAAUAAAUAACUGCA